AUGACACAGAACGAUGGGGGCAGACGACCCUCUGACUCCCAGCAGCCCUUGGUUUCCUCCAAGUUGCCCUUCUCCAUCGACUCUAUCUUGUCCAAGGCCAACCCUCAGCCACGGGAAUCCCCUCGAGUUUCUGGGGUCUUCGGCUUGGUCCUCAGAAAACCCCUGACCUCUCCGUUCACCCCGAACUGGCGACUGUGCUACGAUUAUUCUAUGGGCUGGGUGUCCCCCUUUCCCAAUCUUUACGUGUACCAGCAUUCUCCUAAGACCCUGCUGUCAGCGAUCCACGCCCCGCACCCUGCUGGUGUCUUUCCUGACAUCGCCUGCCCUGUCCAAGGCUUAGAGCUAGCUGAACGUCCAGCCCUGCGAGGACCCUUGACUUGGGGCCAGGUUGACUACCUGAACAAGGUAAAUGGCAUCCCCAAGUCAAGCCGGAAGAGGAGCCGAACUGUGUUCAGCUCUGAGCAGCUGGAAGAACUGGAGAAGGCCUUCCUGAAGCAGCCAUACCUGGUGGGGAUGGAGAGGACCCACCUAGCCAAGCAGCUGCAUCUCUCAGAGACCCAGGUGAAAGUGUGGUUCCAGAACCGCAGGAUCAAGGGUCGGAAGCAAAGCCUGGAACAGAAGAAAAAAAAGCUACCCAGCCUAGCCAAGGGGUCCUUUUCCCCACCCAUGUCACCCCAGGAGCCCAGUAGCAGCAUUGGAGAAGACAAUGACAGUAUGUUGGCAUUGCCAGCUGAACCAUACGUCCCUUUAGUCACCACUGACUUGAUUAUGUCCGGGGUGUGA